AUGACCGAAAACCGCUACCGUCCCAACUCACCUCCCCUUGGACGUCGCUACCCUGACCACCGGGCUUCGACUGGUAUGGUCAUAUCCUCCUCCUUCGAUCCUCGGUUUUCCUCGUCCUCCCAGCCUCGCAGCUUUAUUGAUACUUUCCCUGCUACGCGACAUGGGAGUGUUUACACUACCCAAGCUAUCGCAAGGAAAACAGUUCUUGACGAUCCUCACUCGGGCGGAGGCUCAAUAGUGAAAACCGAAUAUUCUGUGCGUCCAAGGACCAAUUCCUCACUAGAGGCUCGCAGACCUGUGAACACCUUCACUGAACGCCGCUCUUCCCCGCCGCGAAUUCGUCCGGCUAUUGUUAGUGGUCCCUCUCGUGAUGAUCCACGAAGCCCAGUGGUCGCCUCGAGAGAGGAUCGCUAUCUUGUUCCGGCUGCCACAAGUGGUCGACACCAUCAUCGUCAUGCGAGUGCCACCCGUGCGGAGCAAGACCGUCUAAUACCCGCAAGAGUCAGCCGACAACCCGAGUAUCAUCGUCGUGGUGGAUACAAUGCAUAUCCAUACUCUUCGGCACGGGGUCAGCUUCAGGAUGAAGGCUUCUCAUACACCACCCCAAAGGAGCAAUUUUUGCAAGAAUCAGCACGGCCUCAGAGGCGAGAGAGUUACAACCGAUCAGAACGACCGGUAAGCAUUGCUGGUUUCUCCGAAUACAGAUUGCCUGCAAGGAGAGACACACGGGAUGUGCCGCCGACGUCGUCUACCCGUGUUCUCGAUCGAAUCGAUAGGAACGAGCCACCUCGAUACUCCAGUGGUCGAACGAGCGACUUAGAAGACCGAGGAGAUAUCCCCCGUCGUCGUCACUCCACAAGAGCACCCGUCUUGCAUCACUAUCCCGAUGACGGCACCAUGUCCGCGCGUGAGGAACGUGACCUCCGACUCUUACCUAGAUCCCAUCAUGACCGUCUAGAGGACGAUGAUAAACCUCUCAAGCAUAGGCAUCGUGAUGAGCGCAAUAGAGAGGCGUUGCGUGAGAUUCCGCGCGAAUCUGAACGGGUCCGUGAGCGUGACCGGGACAAAGACCGGGACCGGGAUAAGGACAGAGACCGGGACCGGGACAGGGAUCGCGACCGCGAUCGAGAUAGAGACCGGGAACGUGACCGCGAUAGGGAUAGAGACCGGGAUAGGUAUCGUGACGCUGACAAGUCUGGCAAGCCUCGAAGUCGCGAGAGCAGCCCAGAGCAUUCGGGACUGCGGAAAGGACUGGCUGCGGCCGCAGGUCUAGGUGCGGUAGGCGCCGCUGCUGGUGCCGCUCUGAAGAGUACUCGUAACAAGGACGACGAAGAGUCAGAAACCGAUGAUCGCAAAGAGCGAAAACACCGAAGACGACGACACCACGAUGAACCAAGUCCAGACGAACUUGCCGGACGCAUCGAGCGUGAUCUUAAGCUGAGCAAUGGAGAUCGUGAUCUGCGCCGGCGCGACGACGAUAGGGAUGCCGACGAUACAGGUGAUCAUGACGACCGCCAUGAACGGCGCAGACACCAUCGACAUAGGAAGCAACGAGACCGAGCGGACCGUGCGCCCGAGUCAGACACCACCGAGGAUUAUGACGGUAAGGACACCCGGCAACGCCGUGCCCGUGACCGAACAUCUUCCCGUGACGAAGAUCAAGAGGUGCCAGCAGUUCUGGAGCAACGAACAAUAUCCCCAGGCGAAGAUGAUGAUGACCGUCCUCGAAAGGUGCAAUUGGUCGAGCCGGCUGAAAAGAAAGAGGAAUUCAGACCGAAAGGUAUCCUCAAAAAACCACGAGAAACACCUUUCCCCGAGGACCCAAACCCUACACGAGAAGGGGUUGCGCCGUUGAAGGACGCCCACAAAGAUGGUAUACCACCAAAUGCAAGGUGGACCAAAAUUAGCCGAGCGCUGGUGAACCCGGAAGCCUUGGAAAAGGCACAUGAGAGGUUUGAGGAGAGAGACGAUUACGUGAUUGUCUUGAGAGUCGUUUCGAGGGAAGAGAUCACAAAGCUGGCAGAGAAGACGAAGGAGAUUAGAGAGGCUAGAGAGCGCAAAUGGCAAGCUGAGCUCGAGGAGAAACGCCGGCGCCGUGCAGAAAGAGGCGAGUAUAGCGAUGAAAGCAGCGACGAUGAAUAUAGCGAGGAGGAAGGACGUCCGCUGCGUGCUAUCGAGCAACCGCCUCCUGCUCAAGGGUUGCAAGGUGACCCUAGAGCAUAUCUCGCGCAACAACAGAGAGUGGAAGUUCCUGUUGUUGCCAACACCCCCCCUGGACAGCCUAGUACCGCAACAGCGCAACAACCCCUUCCGGCACCCGGAGCAUAUCCUGCCCUAACCCAGCAGCCGCAGCAAGGAUUGCCUGUACCAGACAUAAGGGUUGAGCCCACAGCCGGUACUUAUUCGACGAACGUGUGA